AUGGUUCUUGAACUUCUGCAAGAUAUGUUAUUCAAUAAUCAUUUGAUUGCAGCGGAACAUAAAGCUGCUGUUGCAAUCAUCAAACAAUUAGAAACAGCGGAAAUAGAUGAAAAAAAUGAACAAUUACAUAUACUUCUCUAUCCAAAACAAGUUGCAAAUGCAACAUUUGACCAAAUAGCAGUUUCUGAUCUUGCUGAACAAAUGACACUCGUUGAUCACAAGCUUUUUUGUGCAUUAGGCAGCGAAGAGCUACUUCUGCACGGUUGGAUGAAACCUGACCGAGACGAUUUAGCACCCAAUGUAGCUCUUAUAUCUAGACGGUUUAAUGAAAUGCGCCGACUUGUUAUUACAGAAAUAUUAUCACAACCAAAUGUUAAUGCUCGUGUUCAAUGCAUUGAAAAAUGGUGUACUGUUGCUGAUAUAUGUCGAUAUUUACGAAAUUUUAAUGGUGUUCUUCAAAUAAUGGCUGCUUUUGUUAAUAGUUCAGUGUAUCGUUUAAAACUGACCUGGGAUCGAAUAUCAAAGCAAAAUAAACAAGUUAUCAAUAAACUUCAAAAUCUGGUACAUUCCGAUGGAAAAUUUAAAAAUUUACGUGAUACAUUAACAAAAGUUGAUCCACCAUGUGUACCAUAUCUUGGCUUAUAUUUAUCUGAUUUAACAUUCAUCGAGGAAAGUUCACAAGAUAUAUCAGAAAAUUUAAUUAAUUUCUCGAAAAUGCGAAUGAAAACACAUAUUAUACAUGAAGUACAUCGUUUUCAAUCUACACUGUAUAAAAUCAAACAUAAUCCACGCGUGUGUGCAUAUUUAUUAGAUCGAUCACGUCUAUUAGCUGAAGAUCAAUGUUAUAUUCUAUCAUUGAAACUUGAACCACGAACGUCACGUGUAGGAAUACCAGGCUUGGGUGUUCAAUAA